AAAGUAAAGGACCGGUGAGUGGGCUUUCCGAGAUUAAUAAUACUGAACAGGGUUACCAAAACUAAUCCCCAUAAGCCGUUUUAAACAAUUCGCAAAAUUAGGGUUAAUUAAGCUUAAUUAAGUGCCCCCCGGCGAGUAGCCCCGAGUUCGAGUCGCCCAGCUCAGCAGGGAUAUGACCUUUGACCCGUGACGUAGAAUCGAGAAGCCGGUCUUCAGGCAGCUACUGGGCCACAUGUACUAAAACAAAAGAAAUGGCUGAUGCUGAAUACGAGGAGUCGAGUCUUUUGUCGGAAAGUAUGGAGAGCAGCAGUGGCAGUGAUGGAAAUGCGGACUUUGAUGAAGAGGUAGACACCUGCAAAGCUACUACUUUGGACAUAAACCCGUAUUUGUUCGAACCAGAGUGAUCAUCGGACGGAGACGAGACACCCGAGGUGGAAGGAAAUGUCACGGACAUUGAGCCUGCGGGUCCUGACCGACGUGAGAACACUGAAUGGUACGACAAGUUUUCUAUUUAAUCGUAAUGUUCAUAUAUUGUGUCAUAAAAUAAGCAUAGCGUUAGAUCCCAACUUAUUCCACCUUAUCUCAAAAUGUCCAAGCGUGAUAUUUUUAUAAUAGGCUUAUGGCCAACCCAGGCGCUGUUUUGGUUAUUUGCCCUGCGUUAGUAACUAGGUGUAUAUGCUUAUAUUCUCCAUUCGUUCCAGGUGUACUUGUGGUCAGUGUCAUCCGCUGGAUUCACAAGAGGAAUGCAUUUACUGCCAAGAAAUUUCCAGAGUGGUGGAUAGGAUCGAGUUGGCACCCGGGGAUGAAAAACCGAAGUGCAUAACAGAGCACCCAGGUUUUCAGUCUGUUGUUCUGGAUACGGAUGUGCUGGAAACGGCUUACUAUGUGUAUAGGCAACAGUAUGGACCAAUGAAUUUGACCCAUAAUUCCUUAAUAUGCCCAAAGUUAAAACGAAAUAACAAGAUAUAUACCAGACCAUUUAUGUACAUUAUCAUUCAUAAUUUGGUUUGCAGGCAAUAUCGGUAUGUAGCAUAUCGCCAGCUGUGUAGAUGGUGUUGGAAAUGGUUGGGGAAAAGAAUUCGUGUGGUUCUUCCAGCAUGCUGUGUCCACAAGAUCUUACAAGAAUUUCCCCUGGCUGAUGGAGAACAGCGCACUGGAUACCGGGAUCCCCACUGAAGAUAACAACAUAUAUCCAUGCUUCACUUGUAAAUUAUUUGAAAAAAUGUACAUAAAGCUAUUCAUGUUGUUUUACCCAGUUUGUUUUGUUAUUUAUUUCCUAGUUGUAAAUAAAUGUACCGCCACGUAUGGCAGCGAUCAGGAUAACUGUGGUAAUCAGCAUAUAAUAAUUCACUCAUAAUUGAUUGAUUUGCCUUUAGGCAUUAUCACUGUAACAAGAAUGUUUCACUUCAACAACAAAAAAUUAAGAAAAAUGUCCCAUUUACGAAAUAGCGAUAUAAAUUCACAUCAAAUAAAUUUGAAUAUUAAAAUGUUACUGACUGUUGGGACAGAAAUAAUUGUGAUUUUUAAUAUUAAAUUUGAAAGCAUGAGUGGUCUGGCUGAGGGUGGGAAAUUCAAAAACAGGCUUAACAUUGCCAGUUUAAUAUGUUACCAAAAUUGCUGAGUUUUCUGAAUUUUCAAAUUCAAUUUCAAAAAGUAGGCCUACUAUACCGAUAAUUUUGUCAGUAUUUCCUAACAUGGAUUUGAUAACUGUAGCACACUUGCAAUCGCCUGAUGUUUAAAAUUAAGCCAAACGGAGAAAAAUGAGAAAUGAAACGGUAAUUAUCUGCAUAAGUCAGCCAGCAAAAUGCGGUAGGCUGGCAUAGGCUAUGCAUAUCAUACUAUGCAAGGACGCUGCAGAAGGGAUAAGGUUACAACAACAACAACAUUCUUAGAACCGGCACAGCUUUUUCUACAGUGUGUUCUACCACAAUGUUGGCCGCAAUAUCACCUGCUCGAAUCGAAGUUUGACUUCAUUAGGCCUACAACCAGAAAUGUUUAAUUUAAAAUAUGGUUUC